AGCUUGCGAACGCGCAGAGUCAACGCUUAGCUGUUGGCGUGUGCGAAUGUGUCAUGUGUAAAUAACAACGUGUGCAUGUUGUGCGUGAAAAAUUGUGUAGCUAAUAUUAAAUAAAAGCGAAUUUACUUUAUUAAUACAUUAAUUUAAGAAUAUUUUUGUAAGUUUUUGAAGUAAACUGUGAUAUAGUUUGUAGAAAAUGGACGAUAACACAGAAAAUCAAGCGCAGGCGCAUAAUCUCCUGGGGCAGAAAACUCAGAAACAACCAAAGGUUGUGGAUAACGCUUUGACUAGGACUUUGCGAUCAUGUUGUUUCAUACCUCAACGCUACAUACUCGGCGUGAUGGGGCUCCUAGGAGUCUGCAACGCCUAUACCAUGAGGGUCUGUCUGAACCUGGCCAUCACCCAGAUGGUGAUCCCCAUACACAAGAACGAAUCUAUUCGUAAUGACACUGAACUGAUAUGUGAAAGUGACCCGAUACCUGCCAACACUACUGUUAUUAUUAGUCCAUACGCAACACAAACCUGGGACCAAGCCACUCAGGGUUUAAUUCUCAGUGGUUUCUACUACGGCUACGCCGCUACUCAAGUACCUGGAGGCUACCUCGCAGAAAAAUGGGGCGGCAAGUGGACCUUAGGCGUGGGUCUACUAAGCACGGCUCUCUUCACCUUCCUUACCCCGUGGGUCAUCCGUAUUGGUAAUGGAGGAUGGGGUGGGCUGUUUGCUCUUCGUGUGCUUCAGGGUAUGGGAGAGGGUCCCACGAUGCCAGCCCUCAUGAUAAUGUUAGCUAGAUGGGUGCCACCGCACGAGCGUUCGUUCCAGGGUGCCCUCGUGUUCGGCGGGGCCCAGAUCGGGAACAUCUUUGGCUCCUUCAUGUCCGGUAUAUUACUGUCGGACGGUCAAGACUGGGCUAACGUGUUCUAUUUCUUCGGUGGCUUUGGACUGCUGUGGUUUGCUUUGUGGAGUUUAUUUUGCUACAGCACGCCAAACACCCACCCCUUUAUCUCAAAGAAGGAGCUAGCCUACCUGAACGCCAGCGUGACAACGGCCGACCACAAAGCAGCCAAGGACCCGGUGCCAUGGAAGGCCAUACUGAGAUCGUGGCCCGUGUGGGCGCUAGUCUGUGCCGCUGUUGGCCACGAUUGGGGCUACUACACAAUGGUCUCAGACUUACCAAAGUACUCUCACGACGUGCUGAAGUACAAUAUCGCGACCACCGGAUUGCUGACAGCCUUGCCGUACGCCGCUAUGUGGAUCAGCUCCUUUAUCUUCGGAUUCGUGUGUGACCUGUGCAUUAAAAAGGGAUGGCAUACGAUCAAAACUGGAAGGAUCAUCCAUACUACUAUAGCUGCCACGGGCCCAGCGAUAUGCAUCGUUCUUGCUUCGUAUGCAGGCUGCAACCGGGAUCUUGCUAUGGCCUACUUUGUUCUCUCUAUGGCUCUCAUGGGAGGAUUCUACAGCGGCAUGAAGGUGAACGCGCUCGACUUGGCACCGAACUACGCCGGCACGCUGACGUCUCUGGUCAACACCACAUCCACCUUCGCCGGGAUCGCCACUCCUUUCCUCAUCGGAUUGUUAACCCCCAAUUCAACUCUAAGCGAGUGGCGCGUCGCGUUCUGGGUGUGCUUCGCCGUGUUAGUAGGCACCAACGUGGUGUACUGCAUCUGGGCGGACGGCAAGCAGCAGUGGUGGGACGACGUACGGCAGUUUGGCUACCCGCCCAACUGGAACCACGGCCCGCUUGUCAGGGACUCCGUGCCUGAUCAGGAAGCCGUUAUGACGAAGAUGACCAACAUGAAUGGUGACGAUGACGUUUAUUAACGUUUACUCAUUUUGAUUAUUAUUGUAGUUUACUUUAUGACGUUUAUAUCAAAAAGGAUGAAUGUGGAUACCACUUACUGUUAGCGACUAAAUGUAAGGUCUGAGUGCACGCUCAUAUUGGGCGUGCAGCAAGACGUGCGGAGUGCAUGUCAAACAAUUGGAGCGCAUAAAAGUGUCCUGGGAGGUUACCAUGACGUUAUAAAGACGUUCAGUUUAGGUUGAGAGAAAGGGACACAGCUAUAGCAGUUACAUAGCUCCGUCCCUCUCUCUCAACCUAAACUGAACGGCUUUAGCACGUCAUUGUAACCCCCCUGGUGCCCAAAGGUAGUCUGACUCUAUCGCGCCAAUCCGCACGAGCGAUAGAGAUAGAUAUCUACGAGCGUUUCGUUUCGUGAGCGUUUCGUGAGCGUUUGUGCCAUUCGGCUACGUACCCUGUGUCGAAUUGUCGAUGCUGCAUAGGUUGAACGCACGCUUGCCCGCUCCGCUCAGCGUCCACUCUAGCCUUACGCUAAGGAAUUCAUAGGUACGUAAUAGUACGAAACAUUUUCAUGAUAAGAUUGA